GAGCUAACCUACUCACCAAAAAAAUCUCCUUCCCAUAUAUGUUCAUGCUUUUCAUUCACUGACUCUCUCUCUCUCUCUCUCUCUCUAAUAUCACUAAAGCUAGUAGGAGAAAAAAAAUGCAUACUUUGAAUCUUACACAAUCUUCUCCUGUCACUUUCUCUAAAUCCACCAACCAUAGAUACUCCAUUAAUGCUUCUUCACUUUUAAAUCCAAAUCUUAUCAGUAGGACUCAUAAUCAGACUGCCCUAUUUAAUAAACCCUCUACUCAGAUUGGUGCAUUAACCACCAAAGUAUCAAACUUUGGCCAAAUUCAUGGUUACCCAUUUGGCCGCUCUUCAAGAUCCACUUCACAGAUCCAUUAUUCAGGCUUCAGAAGGGACCAUUUUGACAGAAUCCAUGAAAACCAAUCUGGGUUUUGCUCAAAGUCUGGGUCUUUUAUCACCAAAGCAGCGGCAUCUGAAUCUGAAUCCAGCCCAGAAGGAGAUGCUAGUGCAGUUUCAAAGCCAAAGUCUAAAACUCUCCAACUUGCACUUGUCUUUGGUCUCUGGUACUUCCAAAACGUUGUCUUUAAUAUUUACAACAAGAAGGCAUUGAAUGUGUUUCCAUUUCCAUGGUUUCUUGCUUCUUUUCAGCUUUUUGUUGGGUCCAUUUGGAUGUUGAUUUUAUGGUCAUUGAAGCUUCAACCAUGUCCUAAGAUCUCAAAGCCAUUCAUUAUUGCUCUUCUUGGACCUGCGUUGUUUCACACAAUAGGCCACAUAUCAGCCUGUGUUUCAUUCUCCAAGGUUGCUGUUUCUUUCACUCAUGUUAUCAAAUCAUCGGAGCCUGUUUUCUCUGUUGUUUUUUCUUCAUUUCUUGGUGAUACUUACCCUUUGAAAGUCUGGCUUUCUAUUCUCCCUAUUGUCCUUGGUUGUUCCCUUGCUGCUGUCACUGAAGUGUCCUUUAAUUUCCAAGGCUUGUGGGGUGCUUUGAUUAGUAAUGUUGGGUUUGUGUUAAGGAACAUUUACUCAAAAAGGAGUUUGCAGAACUUCAAGGAAGUUGAUGGACUUAACUUGUAUGGUUGGAUUAGCAUAAUCUCAUUGUUUUAUCUCUUUCCUGUUGCGGUUGUGAUUGAAGGGUCUCAAUGGAUUCAAGGGUAUCAUAAGGCAAUUGAGGCUGUUGGAAAAUCAUCAACAUUUUAUAUAUGGGUGUUGCUAUCUGGUGUUUUUUACCAUCUUUAUAACCAAUCGUCCUACCAGGCACUUGACGAGAUUAGCCCCUUAACCUUUUCGGUAGGUAACACUAUGAAGAGAGUUGUGGUGAUUAUUUCUACUGUCUUGGUGUUCGGGAAUCCAGUUAGGCCUCUGAAUGCACUUGGAUCAGCCAUUGCAAUAUUUGGGACUUUCUUGUACUCUCAGGUAACUGCCAAGAAAGCCAAGAAACCUGAAGUCGAAAAGCAGAACUAGUUGGAUAUAGUAGACUUUGAUACUCUUGGAUUUAAUAAAUUUGUUUUGUCUCCUUUUCCACAGUUUAAUGAUAUUUCCUUGCCGUCGUAGUUUCAAGAUACCCUUCUGUUCUCUGUUUUCUUUGCCAUCUAUGGUUUUGUGUGCCAUACAUGACAUUUAAGAUUUAAAUGGGAGUUUUAUCUUUCAUUA